AGGCUGCGGAUACACUAUACGUCGGCAGACCGAAUUUUUUCAUCUGACGUCAGGUGUUGUCCAAUCUGCCGAAGAGGGGUGCGCCCCAGCGGUUACACUGUAGCCCGUCAGAACGUAUGUCUGACUACCGGCAGGCAUUGUUUUCAAAACAAAAAUGGACGACCAAAUGAAGAUUCAUUUUUUAGCAGAAAACAUGCUUCUCAAGAUUUUAUUACUAAACGAAAAGGAAUGGGUUAAUCCUAUAUUUGCUGAAAGAGAAAAAUGUGGCGAAUUUCACACUUUGUUUCCAAAACUGCUGGAGCAGCCCCAGAAAUUCUACGAGUACUUUAGAAUGAACAGGGACACUUUUGAGUACAUACUCAACAAUAUUAGGCCGUACAUAGAAAAACAGAGUAGCUUCAGGAAAUGCAUUUCUCCAGAGGAACGCCUGGCGGUGACAUUGAGAUACCUAUCAACUGGAUUAGCCUUCAGAUCUUUGGCCUUUUCAUAUAGAAUCGCCCACUCAACUAUUGCCAAGAUUAUUUAUGAGACCUGUGAUGCUAUAUGGAACUGCUUCACUGAAAAGCAUAUGCCAGUACCAACAGCAGUAAUGCUUGAGCAAUGUGCCAAGGACUAUGAAGAUUUAUGGAAUUUCCCAAACUGUGUUGGUUCCAUUGAUGGGAAGCAUGUUCGAAUUAAAUGUCCUAAAUUAUCAGGUUCAAAAUACUUUAAUUAUAAAACUUUUCACUCACUCAUCCUUCAAGGAUUGGUAGAUGCUAGAUAUAAAUUUUUAAGUGUAGACUUUGGAGCAUAUGGAAGGCAAAGUGACAGUGGUGUUUUUAUAGAGUCAAAUCUCUAUAAACAGAUAGAAAUGGGUUUGUUUCCUUUCCCCCAAGCAAGACAAUUACCUGGGACCACUUUUAAUCUUCCUUAUGUUAUACUAGGAGAUCAAGGAUAUCCUUUAAAGGAUUACCUAAUGCGCCCCUACAGCUCAGGUCCAGCAACAGUUCCACAUGAUGUUGAAGUUUACAAUUAUAGGCAUAGUAGAGCCAGACGUACAGUAGAAUGUGCAUUUGGAAUACUAGUUGCUAAAUGGAGAUGUCUAAAGACAGAGUUACAAGUUGAUCCAAAACACAUAGACAAACUAGUCACUGCUGUUUGCUUGUUGCACAAUAUCAUUAUAGAUAAAGAGGGAAUUAAUGAAACUAUGAUGCAUAAUAUAAAUUUGGAGAUUGUUACCAGUGCAGCAGAGUGUGUUAAAUCAAAACGCUAUAACAGAGCUGGUAGAGAAGCUUACAAUAUUAGAGAUCAGUUCAAAGCAUAUUUCAAUGCUGAAGGAGCUGUACACUUCCAAUAUGAUAAACUAAAUACUUACACUAUCUAAGAUAUUAUAAAACAAUUUUAAGUUUUGAUGCCACUGGUAUUUAAUUGAAAUAAACUUCUUUGGUUGUUA